AUGCCAAACCAUAGGAAAAGACGUCCAAGAGUUGGUCUGACCGAUAUGCCAGAAGUAGUGAUGAAGAAUAUUCUGGAGAAGUCAAAUUUCCAAUCGAUCCUGAAACUGCGAAAAGUAUCUCGCGACUUCCGAAAUUUUAUUGAUGAUGAAAAGCCAGAAUUCCAUCUCGAAAUCAUUGGAAUACAUAUGACUUCUGAGCAGAUCAAAAUAUUCCUGAAGGGUUUAUCAGAGAAUGAGGCGCCUCAUAUCGAAUACCAGAAGCAUGAAAAAGGAUGUCAAAUUGUAUGUUCAAGAAGAACGAAAUCGAAGACAUAUUUACUGGAAAAUGAAGAUUUCGUAGAAGUUUUCUGUCGGGAAUUCGAGCAAAUCAUGUCUCACCAAAAAAAUUCAGUUCUCCUAAGCUUCAGCCUGACCGCUCCAAAUAUUCCAGACGAAUUCAAACGUAUUCUGAAGGCAAAACCUAUUCCAAUCAAAACUCAAAUAUUUGCAAUGACAACUAAGACUCAUAGUCAAGUAAUGGAUGUUCUCCCACAUAUGAACCCGAAGUAUUUGAAAGAGUUAUGCUUCUAUUCGUCAGCGAAUUCGCCGCAUAAGAAAUGGAUUUUUGAUGGUAUCGUAGAGUCGGAUCAGUGGAAAACAGCGAAAACGUUGGAAGCUGUGCAAUUUUUUGUUGAUGUGCCCCUCAAAAAUUUCCAUCAUUUCUCGGCCGGAAACUAUUUUGUGAACGCUGUUACAGCGGAGGAAUUGUUUGAAUUGAAGGAGAAUUAUCUCAAUUCUAAUAAGUUGAAACGAGUUUUCAUCGGGUAUCUGGACGAAGAACCCCUCAAAGAGCAAGAACUACAUGCACUGUUCGGCAAGCCAUACUUUCCGAAUCCCCGUCGAAAAGUUGAUAGAGGAAGAUGGUAUUUCCGGGUAGCUGAUACUGAUACGGUUAUACAUUUAGUUUUGUAUUUUGCGAAAACUCUUCAAUUUUCUCUUGUUAAACUUAACACCCCACCAAUUCAAUAUUAG